AUGGCUACAGUACCGCCACGAGCGGACCUCGUCAUCAUCGUCGGAUUCUGGGAUCGGGCUGCAGAGCCCGCCGGGCGCCGCUUUUUGCUACUCGAGCGGAAGUCGGCACCAACCGCCGAAUUCUCGACGACGUCCGCCUUCGAGCUGCCCGGCAAUUGUCGCAAGGACCCGACGAGGCUCUCUGAGACAGCAAUCGGAGAAGAACUCGGCGACAUGCCGGAGAUGGCCGAAAUUGAGGACGACGUCAUCGUCGACGUGGCCGAGGAGGGCGAGCUGGACGAUGAGGAUGACGACGAUUUCUCCGAUUAUGAAGACGAGGAGAUGGAGGACGAGCCGGAGACGAGUGAGGCUCGGCAAGGACAGGCC